UUUCCAUCUGGCCAGUUCAUACUGCUGAGUUCGGUUAUCGUAAUAAUUUCAACAUUUUUGAUUGUCAUGAAAUUUGCAAGAAUCCUGGACUAUUGGAUUAUAGAAAAUUAAUUUUUGGAGACGACUCACAUGAAUACUCUCACUAUUACUACUAUUUCCGGACAAUCCGCCGUAAUCAGCCUUCUCCAGUUGUAGAUGAAACGUUUGUAAGAUUGACUGCUGACGAGGUGAGUUGAUCUCAGUUUGUAAUGACCGUAUUAAUUCAUAUGUUUGUAUAUUUUCAAGAAAAUCCCUCCGAAAUUCCUGUUUAAAUUCUAUGGCACAGACGUCAGUGAACUAACGAUGUACAGUCAUGGUACAAUAGAAAUGAAAGCAACAAAAGGAUCAGGAACGAUUUACACUGACUUACAAAAGGGUGGGUUGCAUGAACAUCAGAUUUUGAAUAAGAAGGAAUUAUUGGCUGUCCGAAGCAUUUUUCACCGAAACGUUGAUGGUAAAAAUGUUGAAUUGAAGGUGUUAAAUCUCAUACAUCCAAGCGGGAAGAUAUCAAUUUAUUAUGAGAACUCUUUCAGAUUAUUACACUAUUUAAUGCAAUUCAAUACAGUCGAAUGCAUCAAGAUACAUUGAAGACGACAGAAAGAGAUCAACAUUUGUUCAUGUGCAUACAGACCAUAUGAAACUAUUAACAAUCCUUUUGUGACACACUUUAUUCUAGCAUUUUUAUAAAAGAGUGAAUGGUAAGGAGUCAACUGAAGAAAUUCUGGUGUCUUCGUGCCGACUAAAGACAAACAGUGUGGGUUAGGGUACUACUGUAAUGAACAAGAACAUGAGUGGGGGCAAUCGAAUAUAAUUGAUAGGAAAUUACAGAACUUGUUAAUAAAAUCUAACAAUCAUAUAGUAGAUGCUUAAUUUGCAAAAUGUCCAUCAAUUGUCUUAAAAUGACUCAGACUUCAAUUUUCUUGCAUUUUCAUACAAAUUGCAUUCUGUCUUCAAUGUUUACUGCUCAAUCCUCUUGUCUCUCUGGUGCCAGACAUUCCGUUCCUGCCUAACGUCAUUUAUUUCUUAUAUGGAUAUAAGUAGCCCACACCACACUACAAAGGAACAAUUAUAUAUUGUCAAGCUUCGUUACGUCUUCUGAAGAUUAGAUGUUUGAAGUGUUCACUCUUGAAUAAUCUUAGUCAUAAUUUGUUCAAAUAUUGAUUGCUUUUCAGUGUGUGACUGUUUGAAUGUCAGGUUUUAUUGAUUCACCCAUUCGGAAUACAGGCAAUCAGGAUGGGCUUGUAAGAUGAAAGGUGUCAUGUGUGUUGAACUGAAUCAGUUUUGAUUGUUUCGAGGUAAUCGGAACACAUUAUGGGAAGCAUUCGCCAGCGAAAUGAACUCUAAUGGAUGGAAGUGAGCACAUCAACACAAUCACACCACAUGACAACACAUACACAUGCAGCAAAAUUACAGUUGCUCACAAUCACAUUUUUGUCGACCGACGUGGAAAUUCAUCUCACAGUAUAUCACCUCAUUCCAUGAUAGAUAGAUAGAUAAAUCGUUCAUCUAACUUCUCUGAAGUUGACAAAUGAGGUGAGUCAGAAUAUGUUUGUAGACUAGAUGGAACAUAGUUCUAAGGCAACUGAGAGAUCAUUGCGGUUACUGUGAGUGUGAUAAUUUGUCUUUGUAUAAUAUAAUGUGAAUGGCGACACAUUACUUCAAUGGUUGGUUGAUUUUGUGAUAGGUGUUAGUGUGUUGACAGAUCUUGACUCAGACAUCCAUUACAUAUUUUCAGGUUCCUAUGGAAAUCGGGGAAAAUGAAUUGAAAUCAACCGUUUACGUUCGAUUUGAGUGUGGGGGUAACAAAUGUCAUUUAUAUUCUGAUUUACACUGAAAUACAUGAACAACCAUCUGUUAGACUAAUGUCGCUCUCUUUUUGUAACUUAUUUUCUGUGUAUCAACACAUGUCAUGUCACAUGAGAUAAAGAGUCAUUGGAUAUUUGAAGGAAUAUUUCGCAUAUGUUUACUGAUUGACUGAUCCAGACAGGGAUAUAUGAACAACCAAAUUAGGUAGAUGAUACAGCCAUUAUUUUAUUCACUUACUCACUGUUCAAGUCGUCAAACCUGUAGUCCUUAGUUUUAUACUACUCAAUACAAAAGGAAGCAUAUUUUGUCGGACAGGACUCAUAGUUGUUUUACACAAUGCUGAAACUUCACGCUAAGCUGAAAUGGUCGUAUGUUGUUGAAAGGUGAAGCUGAGUUCCAAGGCAAGCGUUUAGUGUAAGUGAUUAGGUUGGAUGCAGUCUAUAAUAAUUGGAUGUGAGAAAGUGUAUUAAGCAUUUGGUUAAUAGUUACCUGAUGAUCUGUUGCAAUGUGUUGCUGAGUCGUUUCACAGUAAACCUCAAUGUUGAUAAUUUGUGAAAUUAUUUCUAAUGAGCUUAACAUAUAUUUUAAAGAUGUUGCACUGACACGCUUAUAACACAAAUUCAGAAACUUAACGACAUCAUUUUUCAUUUACUGGUUAGACGAUGACCGCUUUCGAAACCAAAUGUGAUUUAAAGCAUAUUGCGUGAAAAUGCUGUUUGACCAUUAUUGUAUUCAUGAUAAGAUAUUAAACUGUUUCUUAUUUUGAUUGCUCCUUAUACGAGCAAACACAUUGUUAUACAUAAAUCGAAAAUCAAUAUUUUAAGUUUCUUCAUCCGUAAACCUUAUUUGAACAAGGACUGAAACAUUCUAAUAUUAUUGUUGAUGGAAGAUGGAUCAAAACUAAAACUUUGGUCGAGUAUGAAGUUGCCGGGGAUUGCCCAAACCACGAGUCGAUUAAAGCAUGUGGAGACGCAAAAAUAUUGAACGCAAAGUGUAUGUGGUGUGAACAUGCCAAUAUGUGCAUUACCAGUAAUGAUAAGGAUACUCACAAAGUCGAUGGUUGCCGGAAGAAAAGCUCGAUUGUCGACGUUUCUAGAGAACCAAAACCUAUCGAAGAAGAAGAAGAAACAACUCCAACAGUAAAUGAAGCCGGCUUAAGAAAUGAAUUGAGGCAGACUACUAAUAACACUGAAACGCAUUUGAGCUCGAUUGUCGACGUUCCUGGAGAACCAGCACUUAUCGAAAAAAAAGAAAAAACAACUCCAACAAUAAAUGAAGCUGACUUAAGAAAUGAAUUGAGGCAGACUACUAGUAACACUGAAACGCAUUUGAAUGUGACUACAGAUACGACAGACGAUGAAGAGCAAAAGAAGUCCCGCAAUUACUCGUAUAUUAUCGUACCAGUAAUUGUCACAUUCAUUGUCGUAUGCAGUGGAUGUGUCAUAGGGUUAUGGUUUUACAGAAAGAAGAGAAGUAUGCCAUGAUUCGCACAAACGCCUUCUUAUUUGUUGUUUUCAUCAAGCUGACUGUUAUUUUACUUUUCAUUUGAUUAAAACAAUUUUGAUUAUGUUAAUCAUUUCAAUAAAUUGCUGAUUGUUUCAUGGAAAUACACACAAUAUUCAUGAUUGUUUGUAGAAUAUAUAAUAUGGUUUUCUGUGUUUAUGUGAUUGUUUUCAUUCGGUAAAAACUGAUUAGUUUUACAAGAGUUUACGGCAUUCCAUUUUGUGAAUUAACAGUAUCGUGUAUACGUGAUUAUGUGACAAUUGUAAUCAACAGUGAAUCCGUUGUGAAUGUCCAGUUUGAUGAAGCCUCACUACUGAAAAAUAUCAUUUGAAAGUGUCGAUGUUCGUUGUUUGAAACUGAAAUGUCGGAAUACCGCAUUGACAUUUAACGAUGCACCUCAUUCCUCCGUUAUUCGAUUAUCCACUGUUUAGUAAAAGCCUGAUGACAGACUAUUGUUAAUUAGGAGUUAUGAAUGCUGAUUAUGAAAUAUUUCUAUAGGGUUAAGCUGAUACUCAAGUAUUAAUGAGGAAAAAUAUAGGUUCAAUAAACUAGUAACAGUCCUGUCGUAGCAUUGCUAAAUAAGAUGAAAGAUUUUUUAAAAAAGCACACUGUAAUGUAAAUAAUCGAUCCUAAUCUCAUGGAAAUAUGGGAAAACAUCAUACAAAGAUUGACUCGUCAGCUGGCUGCACCUGUAUCACAGAGUUGGUGUGUCACUGUGGUACUCGGACUCAGUAUUGUUUUCUUCGAAAAUCGUCGCGUCAUCCCCUAAGUUAUCAACAUGUAUAUUCACUACCUUCUGCACACAGCUUCAAUACACCAUAAUUAGGUGAACAGGGAUUAAUAAAUGUUUGUCCUGUGGCAAACUGCAUUCUCGGAACUCAUAUAUUGUUUGUGAUCCUGAACGCUUAAAUUGUCACAAAACUGGAUACAUUAUGUCGGUAUUUUAGACUUAUUGAUGA